AUGCUUAGUUUAUUUGCUGCCUUUACACCAGAAAAAACUGACGAUGAGGACGACAAACAACCAAAAGUUUAUUUAAAGGUUUUGGUAUUCUUUGCUUUACUCACACUUCAAAUAAUUGCCAGCGGUUACAUUGAAAAAUUCAAAGGUGAUGUCGCUGGUGCACUUGUCAUCGCUGGGGCUUUAUACGGUAUCUUUGCUGCUCAAGAUGAUCCCUUCAUCCAUUGGACAUCUCUUUUCUUUGCUGUUUGUACCUCAAUCCACAUUGUCAAACCAUUUGUCAAAAAGUACUUCUUUGGUUCAUCGGCAGAACAUGCUCCAUUAUUAGAUAAAAAAAUGAGCGAAAAAGAAACAUUUAAAUAUUUGGAAAGUGGUGGAGAUGUAUUACAAAGUGUAGAUUUGUUUGACCUGGUAAAAGAUAUAUUAGCAUUACCUAGAGACGAGAUAAUCAAUAGUGUUAGGACAUCACAAACGAAUUCACAGGUCACAAAUGUAAAAGCCAAUGCAGUUUACGAACAAAAUCCCUUAAGAAUACAAAGCUUAUGUGAUUCAAUUUUUUCGGAUAAUCUUUAUCGCAAUUUACGAAGAACUGAUCUUUUGAAAAACUUGAAAUAUUUUCUUCCGAUAAUAUUAUAUAUAUGGAAGCCAAAUGAAUUAAAUAUCGAUUACGAGAAUGUAAUCAGGGCUUUGAUACUUGUAGAAACAGGAAAAGAUUUUAUAAUACCUUUGGUAGCAAAUAGUCCACAAAUGUUUCACGAGUUUACAGAUAUUCUUUUGAAACUUCAUAAAUACCUUCCGCAAAAAUUAAAAUAUCGUAUUAGGGAUAUGAUACAUAAUAUGUGUUUACUUACUGAUGAACUUGCAAUUGUAGUCCGUAUGAAGUUAACCGAUCUAAAAAUAUUUCCAGAUCUUGCCUUAAAAUUGACAUUAGACCAAGGAGGUGAUGUUAAUGAUAAAACCACACCACAUUCAAGUCAUCGAACAAGAUUUUGUAUUGUAAUGAGAUGUUUAUGUGGCCUUGUUUGUAUAUUCAAAGUGAGUUUUGAUCAUAAUGAAUUAAUAGAUUGUCUUAAUGUGCUGAGUUAUGCUGAUUCUGAUAGUCAACUUGAAAAAAUCAAACUCAUAUGUAGUUCAACAUUAGCAUUGGAUGUUGUAAUUUCUGGUAAAGGAUUAGAAGAAUUACAAAAGGAAAUGAGGGGCUAUUUUAUAGAUAGUAAAUUGGCGAGAAUUGCAUUAGAAAUUGAGCCGGAUACUUUUGAUGGAUUAGGGGUAUAUAACAGUAGCGUUUUUCAGAUAGGUAAAGUUGAUAUACAGCCAUGGAUAUACAACCAAAUAAUGCAGGCUACUACUCCUAUCCAUUUUCAAUUGGGUCCAUUAAUAAAAGCUUAUGCACAAAGUAUAUUUGAGGGAUAUUUGGGAGAACCGUCACCAAUAACGAAAAUACCCGAAAAUAAAAUUUUUGGAUUUUUUCAAGAUAAUCUUAUUGAAAUCACCGCAGCUCAUGUGUUAUUGUUUUAUUUUGUAUUAGCAUAUAAUAAAGUUGUAAAAGACAUGAAAAUAUCAUGCGGACAACAAUCUAUUACUAUUGAUCCUCAAAAGUCAGCAUAUACACCUCGAUUAACGGAGGCAAUACCUGUAAGAAGAAUUUUAUUUUUGACAGAAAGAUGUGAUAAUGGAGUAGCAUAUCGUAAUAUUUAUCCAGACUUAUUAGUAUAUAUUACUAACUAUUAUCCAGAAAUAUUUGAUAUUGAAAGUCUUUUAAUGGAUGAAGAUCGUCGUCGUCAUGAAAGUGAAGUUUAUGAAUUAUUGGAAAUUGCUGUUUUAAAUUUUCAUAACACUGUUGAAAAAACUGUAUCAGCCUUAAAAUGUUUAGAAACAAUUCCACCUGAGGAUCUGUAUUCAAUAUCAGAACCAUUCUUAUUAUAUUUUCUUCCUAAAGCACUUGAAUCAAAUGUAGAUGUUCGUAUUUUAGAAUCAAUUCAACAAAUUUGGCUAUCACUCUAUAGUAUAAAUCCUCACGAAAUUACUUUAUUAUUUAUUAAUGCUACACGUGGUGAAGAUGAUCAAAACAUUAGGUUAACACUACGGUUUUAUACGGUUGGGUCACGCAAUCGAUUGAAACGACUAAAUGAGGAAGAACUUAAUCGUGGAAAGGAUGCACAUUCAACACAAAAAUUGGAAUAUUUAAUUAAUAUUCAAGAGACCAUGUAUUUAAACAUGUUAUUAGAGAUAUGUAUAAGAAAUAAGAAUGAAGAUGAUAAAAACAGCGCAUUAGAGGAAAUUCGUGUAUUGACAUUUGGAUUUUUACAUCAAAUAUUUAUUGAAAAUCCAGAAUUGUUAAAAAGUUUACACUUUGCGGGAUAUUCUAUUGACUUACUUCCUUUGACCACAAGUAGGAUUGAAUCAAUGCAUCCUCAAAAACAAUUAUUUGGAUUAAAUUUAGCAGGACAAUUAUGUGAAGUUUGGCCAAUGACCAAAACAUAUGAAAUAGCAAAAGAUUCUAUGUUACCAACGAUCAAACGAAUAGUUUUAGAAUUGAGGGAGGAUACAUUAAGUAAAGAAGCAAUGCAAAUAUUACCUUUAACAGUUUUGAUAUAUAAUAAAUUUCAAAAUUUACAAAAAGAAGUUGUUAAUCUAUUAAGAGGCAUGUAUAUAUUAUAUCAACAUUAG